CACCUGACCCGGUUGAAAUAUCCAGUCGCGAACGGAGAGUGGUCGGGCACGGUUGUUCAAUAAUAGAAACCGUAGUUUGAAGAUAAUUAUAUAUUCAUAAAUAAGAGAAAAAAAAGUGGUUCAAUUGUGUUUGGAGGACGAGAUAACUGUGAAUGAGAUCUAGUCAAAAUGAAAUUACAACUCGUGUUCCUCAUUGUGGUUUCUUUGAGCAUAUCCCACGGAAGAGUUGUGGAAAACACCAAAGCUAAAUCAGCUAAAGCUACCAUCAAGAAGCCAACGAUUCUUCGCCAAGAUGUUGAAGAGUAUAACGACAACGAGAAUGCUGUCGAUGGCAAUAUUUCUACAUCGAACAUCAUUGAUGGAUCAGAUGGUAAUGAAGUUACGAGUUCCGAAAGUAUCGUGAAUGGAGAAGCAAAUCUGGAAAACAAUGAAGUUCUACAAGAGAUUAACCAAGUUCCCCAAGAAGUAGUUAGUGAAGCUUCUAUCGUGAACACUGACGAUACCAAUUUGAUAAAUCGUUACUGUAAAUGCACGACGUAUGAAUGCAAUUGCUGUCGCGAUUUUUCAUUACCCUUCUUCCCAAUCAAAGGACCAGGAUGUGCCACAAUCCAGUACCUGGAUGGCAACCGAAUGUCGGUUGGAAUUAAGUUUGCUGAUAGAGUUCUAGCAAAUCGUGUUAUUUCAGGUCGAAAGACGACCCCUGUGUGCAUACCGUUACCAGGCGGCUUUAAUCGUUUUUGUGGUCGUGUAUACGGGAUUGGUCGGAGAGCGGAUGAUUUCUUCAAAGCAUGUCUAGGAUUGGAACUUCGUGCUGACAACGAAGUUGAAGCUGUCCUUCGUGUUUCGUGUUUCAAGUUCGGACCUCGUGGACUAACAAUGACUGAUGCAGAACCACUACCCCCAGUAGAUGACAUAGAUAUUGGCGACGAUGAUGACGAUGAUGACGAUGAUGAUGAUGAGGCUGAUGAGCUGAUAGGCUCUUUCGAUUUAGAAGAUGAAGAUGAUGACGAUGACGACGAUGACGAUGAUGACGUAGAACAAGAUGAGUCAGAAGCGCAAUCAUCCGAUCCAGGAUAUACUGGUUUUAGUCUGCUGGAAGGAGACAUUCUCGAUGAUCUACUCGGUUCCUCGGACAAGAAAAAAAUAAACAAAACUCGAAGCAGCACUACACAGAACGGUAAAACUGGGAGCGACAAAACAAUGCUGAAGAAAUAUGUACCAAUCGUCAUGACUAGUGCGAAGAAAAAUAAUUCAACAUUAACUGCAUCGAAGAAAAAAGAUAUUUCAGAUGAAAUAACGGAAUUUGUGGAAUCAAUAGUCUCCGAUGAUGAUGAUGAUGAUGGAAGCGCAGAGAGCGAUGAUGACACGAACAAUGAAAAACACGAUACAUUGAACAGUAAAAUAGAUAAACAAGCCAACAAACCUGAAGGUGCUAACGAAGAUAAUGAGGAGGAUGAUGAUGAUAACGAAUACGAUGAAAGCGAUGAGGGAAACGAAACAAAUAAUGAAGAGGAAAGCAGCGAUGCGAAAAUUUCCAAACAACCAAAAUCCGGUUUCAGUUGGAGCAAUCUGACUAGACUGUUUCGAAUAUUUUAAGUACUCUUGCGAAAACACUUGUAAAUGAGAACACGUGCGAAGACUUCAAAAAAUUGUCUGUAAAAAUCGUUCAAACUAAUUUUAAAGUACUCUUUAUUUAAUUUAUUACUAUUUAUUGUGGCUAGUUAUUCGAAAUAUGAAUAUAACGCUGAUUGUAACUUAUCUGA